UUUAUAUUUAUUUACCAUGCAAAGAUGUAUUUUGUCAUCUGUCUGAUUUUUUUAAAAGUUCAAAGAUCGCCAAAACCCGGAAUUACCCAUAUCCGCUUCCGGAAUCGGAUCCGAUAUUAGAAUUUUCUUCUCAUGUCAGCCAUUUUGUUUUCAAUGUUGUUUUUGUCAGAUACGAUUUUACUCGAAUUUACACAUUAUUUGUCAGCGAUUUUCUGUAUAAAGCUAGCGGUUGAACAAAAUGAACAUCGCUGUCAUGAAUUUAAUAAUGCUAAAAACAAGUUUUGAGAUCGUUUAUUAGGAGACUUUGGUAAAAAGUUGAUGUACGCACACUAUGAUGACUUUUGGACUUCAUGAUGACCUUUGUUUUGUGAUCUUCAUACUUACUGUUGGAAAACUGCAAGGUCAAUCACAGGUACCAGCUGUGAUAGAGGGUGUUGUUACAUCCCAAGAUGGCCGACAGGAAGUUCAUGGCUAUGAGGGUAGAAGUUUAACUGUCACAUGUACGUCUGAGCUGGAUAUGUUAACACUGAUGUAUAAUAAUACUUACUACAAUGAAACGACACAGAAUAAUGGAAGUUACUCAGUAAACUUCACAAUUAUGGCUGUGCGAGGGGAUGAUGGACAGAACAUUACUUGUCAGUCAGUUAACUCAACAGAUGGAGGAGAGUAUGAGUCCUGGGCUGUCAUAUAUUUAAGUUUAAAACCAACUGACGUUAGAUUAGAAGGUGUAUUUUCAGUAGAAGAAAAUGAUAAUGCAACUUUCACAUGCACGUCCAUAGGAAGUCGUCCUGGACCAGAUGUGACCAUGUUUUAUAUUAAUAAUGCAGUCUUAAAUAAAUCAUCCACUGUUGUGUAUGACAAUACUACAGACACCUAUACAGCGUCUGUGACUGAGACUAGAAUGAUAGAUAGAGGGUAUAAUAGUGUGCCUGUUUUUUGUUAUGUGGCAAUGACAAAAUUAGCAUAUACCAACUUUGACAGGGAGAGAUUAGAUGUACAUUAUGGUCCUGAUGUAAACCAAGUUCAUCUGACUGGAGGUACGUCUGGUGAUGAAGGAUAUACAGAAACCUUUAAAUGCAGCACAGGAAACACUAACCCCAAUGCAACUAUUCGAUGGUUUAAUGGCUCAGUAGAAGUUUUCCCACCAAACCCACCAGAUGUUGUGGAACAUAAAUCGACUAAGGCUUUUUAUACAAGGAAAUGGUACAGUUCCUCCCAAGAAUGGAAGAUUAAAUUCAGUAGAUACCACAAGGGUACAGUUAUAAAGUGUGUUGUUCUGGGUACAAACAAUAUAUCUGUCACAGUUACAAAGACGAUAUCAGAUAUAUAUUACAAACCAGAGUUAGAGAUAACAGGGCACCAGUUGAUAGAUAAUGUAACAGGACACUGUAUCUAUAAUGAAGGAGAAACACUAAAUCUGACGUGUACCUUGUUAGGAGCUAAUCCAAUGACCACAGUUACCUUUAGUAGUCCUGGAACAUCAGGAUCGAAUACAGCAUCUUUGAUCAUACCAGACAUCAAAACACGUCAUGACAAUGACUUUUUUUACUGUUCAUCAUCUAACUCUGCUGGGUAUAGUGAGAUUACUAUAAGGCUUGAUGUUCAAUAUGGUCCUUAUAUAUCUUACGGAAGCAGGAGUUAUGUGGAAGAGGGUAGAAAUGUAACUGUUGAAUGUCGUGUGGCAUCAAAUCCACCUGCCACAGUCUGGUGGGAAAAAGAGGGAGAUAACUCUACACUUUACAAUGGUAACAUGCUGGAUCUGACAUCAGCUAACAGAGACCAGGGUGGAACAUACAUAUGUUAUGCAGCAAGUUACAUGAAAUCUGAAAGUGGGAUAACAAAAGUUUUGUCUAAUGAGACUUUUGUAGUAGAUGUUCAGUAUGGUCCAGGAUCAUCAAUACGACUGAGUCCCAAUAUCACAUCAAUAGAACUUGAUGUUGGUACCCAGGUUCCUGUAAUUAGAUGUAUUGCUGACUGUAACCCAGAGUGUCAAUACACCUGGUACUUUACCAGUGGUAUGGUCAAGACAGGUUCAGAGCUCAACUUAGGCAACGCCAGUAGUUACUGGCAUAUUGGUGAAGUUAAAUGUAAAGCUGAGAAUGAUGUGUCCAGAACAAAGUAUACAGCUUAUAUCAAUUUUACCAUGUAUAUCCGAUAUCCACCCAGUAUUGAAAAGGUAGAUAUUAACUUAUACUGGUAUAAGGAGGGCAGUGAAAUCUGGUAUAAGGAGGGCAGUGAAAUCAUAGUCACAUGUGAUGUCAAAAGUUAUCCACAGGCCAAUAUUACAUGGUACAGAAAUAAUAUGGAAGUUAUCACACCAGAUACUUACUACACCAAUGAGACAACAACAUGUCAGUAUGAUUGUUCUACUAAGAGCGUUCUGACUAUAGAACAUGCAGAGUGUUUAGAUCACAGAAGUCACUAUACCUGUCAGGCUGAAAAUAUCAUGGGUAAAACUGUUAUGGAGUCACUUAAUCGUGUCAGUAUUCAAUGUCAUGCAAGGCCAGCUCAUGAUAAUGUUUACAACUUUACAUUACGAGAAGAAGAAGGAAUAAAUUUGACUGCCAAUUAUUUAUCAAUCCCUACUCCAAAUGUCUAUUGGUAUUUUAGACGCACACCAACCUCAACAAACAACAGAAGUGUAUAUGUAGAUUCAUCAUACGGUGGACAAGAGAACUUCUACUACAUAUCACAAUAUGAGAUCAAGGAUAUCAGAUCUUCUGAUUUUGGUCAAUAUUUGGCUGUUGCAAUCAAUUACGUCUGGAAAGCGACAGACUCCACCAUUAUAUUCAACAUUUUUCAGGAUAAAACAGGUUGGCCUCUCGGACCAUUUGGUUUAGAAGUAAGAUGUACAGAAAACUCAGCAGAAUUAAGUUGGAUAUCAGCAAACAAUGGUGGCAGUAAGCAGACUUUUACUUCUUACUUUUCUUACUAUUCUCAUGAACCUGAAUAUUCUGUUUAUGAUAACAGAGGACCAGAGGAAAUUACAGAUACUGGAGAGGGGACACGUAUUAAAGUCAAUAUACACCCAUUAUAUCCUGGUUAUCCAUAUUUCUUUACCGUCUCAGCCAAAAAUAUCUAUGGUACAACAGUGUCUGAUACCUAUGUUAAUUGUAGCACUUCUAUAUAUAAGACAGAAACAUUAUCACCAAAAUCAAGAGAGCAAAAGUCGUCAAACAAUGCAGGAGUGAUUGCUGGUGCAGUUAUUGGUGCUAUCCUAUUCAUAGCAGUGGUCACUGUUGUUGGGUUUAUUGUUGCCAAAAGGACCAAGAAAGUUAAAGGGAACGUAAAUUUUGCAGAUCUUCAUUUAAGUUUUUAUUUAUUAAAGAUUGAAAAAGAAACAUUUGGAAAGAAGUAAAGAAUGUUGUGCUAUGGAAUAAAAUUAUAGGAAUUAAAUCAAAUUUAGGUUGUCAUCCUCAAAAUAGCAUUAAUAUUCAGACAGUUAAACUUCCACUUGUAGAAUGGUAUGUUCAGUUGAUACUACACAGAUAGGAGUCUUCUUGUCUUUGAUUACACCUUUGUUAUCUUUCAGCAAAAUUAAUUAACAAAUAUAAUGGUGCUCAAUAUAUGAGUUGUGCAAUAUAUAU